AGAGGUGUAAGUAUAGCACGUAAGUACUAAUGUUUAUAUGUGUGUAAUCUCUAGUAUAUAAGGCUAACGUACUCCAAAUAAAGAGAGUUCAUCUAUGACUUUCGUUGUUAUCACUUGUCUCCAACUCCCGUCCCUACAUGGCGAUCCUGCCAGUAGCCGCGGUGAGCGCGUGUUUUAGUGUUAAAUACCGCGGAAUAGUUCGGACAAUUAAAUAAAAUGUGCGGGACAAAUUCUAAAUAAGCUUCUGACAUGAAGCAAUGGACAUAUUUUUGUAUGUUUGUGUUUUUGCAAUAAUUUCUUUUGGGCCGUGUCAUUGACACUUCGUAGUGCGUGAAAACCUUUUAUGGACCGAGCGUGAGUCAACGAACGUUGCACCUUUGUUCGCAUAAAUGGGACAGAUGGUUAGUACGAACUUUUGAGUGGAAAUUGUGAAAAUGGGAAACACCAGGUCGACGGCCACACCAUCUGCGCCGAGUCAAGACAUCUUGACUCAAGUCGGAUACGAGAACGUGAUUGAGCAAAGUCACAACAACGUCGUCGAGCAUGUUGGCACCACAAAUUGGUAUCUGUUCCUGCUCCUGAUUGCUGUGUGUCUGGCCUUUGGGUUCCUGGUCAUCAGGUACAUCAAUAAGGCAUUCAACAAGAAGAUCGAGAGACGAGCUCAGGCAAUUGCUUUGAGCAUGAGGAGUGUGGGGCCUACCAGCGUCGUCUGAGGAGCGCGCGUCACGUGAGUGUUGGGUAGUGCGUAAUAAAAGUGCAAGUGAACGGUUUAAACAUUAUGAUGUGCGUAUAAGGAAAUUUAGUUCUUACGGUAAAACUUACCUACUCGUAAUAUUAACGAAUUACAUUUAAAUUGAAUUGUUACCUAUGGCUAAAUUCACUACUCGUAAUAUUAUUAAUUAUAUUUUACUAAAUGGCGGAAAGCCUUUCUGUAUUAUGCAAUGAACUUAAAACUAUACGCACUUACCUGUGUAAAAUUGGCCCUGACCGUAGACAAGGUGAAAUACUUACUAUAAAGUUAGAGGAGGCUAAUCUUAUUGUGGAUAAAUAUAAAAAAUUAAAUAACGAAGUGUCAGAACUCUUAAAAAAAGGGUUAUUGCCAAAUGAGGAGGUAACUUUAUUUAAUAAAUUGUGCACGACUUUUAAUACACUUCAUAAGGAAAUUUUGAAUUAUUGUCAGGGAAGUAAAGACACAAGUGACACAAUGGGGGAGUCAUUCGAAUUAAAAACGGCCUUGAACUUGUUGCAUGUAAUGACCGAUGAAGAAACUAAUACAAAACAGCUCAUCGACGGCAUUGAGUAUUACAGCACUAUUUUAAAGAGUGACGACCAAAAUAAACUUAUACAGUUCGUUUUGAAAAGCAGGCUAUCGCAGUCGGCCAAGUUAAAAUUAAAAUCCGAUUAUGAUACAUCAAUCGAAUUGAUUCAGGACAUGAGGAAAGUUUUACUACCAAAAAAAUCUGCGACUGCUAUUCAGAGCAAGCUGCACACUAUUAAGCAGAAUAAUCGAAGUGUAAAAGAUUUUGGGUCCGAAAUUGCAGAGUUAUUUGUAGAUUUGACUAUUUCACAGGCCGAUGGUAAUUCUGACAGUUUCAAGGUUCUUAAGCCCUUGAACGAAAAAUUGGCGAUCAAAAAGUUCGCCGACGGUUUACGAAACCGCCGAUUAAGUACUGUUAUUGCAGCAAGGAAUUUUGAGUCGCUAAAGGAUGCGAUACAGGCAGCUCAAGAGGAGGAUGACGUUACCGCCGGCUCGACUUCAGGUGAAAUUCUAGGUAUGUCGCCACAAUUUUUAACACGUGGACAACCAUCUAAGGGGCCGUACCCCGGACAGUGGGAGUUUUAUAAUAGUAGUCGAGGACCAAGUCAACAAUUCUACCCCCGAGGCGGCCGCGGCGCACAGUACAGUUACGGUCACCGCGGCGGCGGGGCUGCCACCUAUCGUAGCAGCAACCGAGGCAACUCCAGGGGCAUGCGAGGGCGACAGUCAGGUAAUUAUUCCAACAGGAAUAGUAGUCAGUGGAACCGUCCGAGCAUGAAAAUGAUGACUCAAACUGAUACAGGUCCCCCGGUAAACUCAAACGACGAAAAUGACGUGAAUACGUUUUUUCGUGACUAA